CUACACCCUAACCUAACCUUUCUCAACUAUAUAUACAACCUAUAGUUUCACCAUUCUCUCAUCAUUCUUUUUCUUGUUAUGUAGGUUUUCAUUUUCAUAUUAUCAUGAGCAAUAUCCCUAAAUCUCUCACCGACUCUUCCUUAACCCUCUUCAAUCUCACCAUAUCUUCUUCCGACCCUUGGCCUUUCUCUUUUGUUUUCUUAUAACAUUAUAUCUCCACAAAAACCAACUAUUCACUCCUUAACAAGCUUGAAUACACUUUUUUAAUUUCUUCUUAAUUAUGGGGUUUAGUGGUAAUCAUCAUCAUCAUUAUAAUAUGAGUUUUCAUUUGCAUAUUCCUCAUCUUCACUUUCACCAAAACCAUGAAAAGAAUAAGGACAUUCCAAAAGGGUGUAUGGCAGUGAUGGUGGGACAAGGAGAGGAGCAACAAAGGUUUGUGAUUCCAGUGAUUUACAUCAACCAUCCAUUGUUUAUGCAAUUGUUGAAAGAAGCUGAAGAAGAAUAUGGAUUUGCUCAGAAAGGACCCAUCACCAUUCCUUGCCAUAUAGAACAGUUUCGUACCGUUCAAGGAAUGAUUGAUAUGGAGAAAUCUCAUCACCAUCAUCAUCACCAUGCUGCUUGGUGUUUCAAAGUUUGAUUCAAUAUUAUUAUCAUUAUUACUAUGAUAUGAAACUUUUAUGUAUUUUUUGUAUGUCAAUAUUCUCCAUUAAUGUUUGGAUCUUAAUUAUUAGAAUUGAUUUGGAGUAUAUUGUUUGAUAUGAAUGUAAAUUGGAAAGUAUUGAAAGAGAAUCAAAUUGUUAUGUUCAAUUUUAUGAUAGUAUAAUAAAAUUCCAAUAUUGUUGUGAA